GCCCAACACAGCCACGCCCACCUAGGACGUCACGGCACAAGCACAAACAACUACUGACUUGUCCGUGACGUAAUCGGCUGAUCCCAGAGGAGCGACAUUCGUGACGUUAUUUCCGCCAGGAGUGAACGGCACCUGAGCAGCUACCGAACGCUAGGAUGGUGAUUAACCACAGAACCGAUGCUGGGGUUGUGGGGGAGUCCGAGAGCCCUCGAUUGAUCGAGGAUUGCCUAUCUCCUUUGCCAAGCUCUCCAUCCAAGAAGACUUCUAGUGCGAAGCGCAAGCAGUACUAUAUAAACCGUGCAAUCCGAAACUCUGAUCUGACUCCUAAAGCCAAAGGGCGCAAGAGUCUUCGUCGCCUGGAAAACAAUCGCUAUCUAAUGAGUUUGCUAGAACGGGAUGAGUGUGUUAUGGAUGACGUUGACUCUUACAUAUGUGCAUCUCCCAGCAUAUUUGCAGAAGCCUGCAAUAAUGAGAUAUACAUUGAGAUUUGGAAUGAUUUCAUGAACCGUUCUGGAGAAGAGCAGGAGAAGGUACUCUUUUACCUGGAGCAGGAAGUGACGAAACCUAGAGAGAAGAUUAAUAAAUGCAAGGAUAAGAGGACAGAAGAUCCUGCUUAUACCCCUGAGGAGUGUUAUCAGAGGAUCAGCCGGAGUCUACGUUGCACCCUGAAAAGACGCCAGAUACCAAUGGGUACACUGGAGGACUUGGAAGAGGAGAUGCUUUCAUUUUUCUCAGUCAACCCAGAAUCAGUGUACAUUUCUAUGAUGGAAAACAGUUAUCAGCGCCUCCUGCUGCAUGCUGUGUGUCAGUACAUGGAUCUGGCCUCUGCCAGUUCCAAUUUCGAUGGCAAACGUCAGAUGCGUGUGGUCAACAGGAACAGAGAGUUCUGCCCUCCAGAAUUGCUGCUUUCAUCCUACCUCCAGUUGAAAUGCUGAUGCCAGCCCUAUACUUGAGGAGUUAGGGUACAUUCACACGACCGUGUGUAAUCCUUUCCAUUUUGCAAACCACGAAUAACGGAACAGUGUGUCUGCAUUUUGCGGACAGAAUGACUUGUGUUUAUGUUUCGUAUGUUUUCUGUUUUU